GGUGAGCUGAGUGGGCCUGCUGGACACGCCGGCCAUUUUACAGAAGGUAUCGGUUCCUGUUUCCUUACAGACGCUCAAAGUCCAUCUGCACAACCAGGGAGACACGCUGAGGUCAAACGGUUUGUCCCUCUCCGUGCCUCAUAAGGACUUCGUGAUUACUUCUUUCUCAAUGAAUCACCACAAUUAGCCCGCAGCAUGAAAAACUGGAGCAGGAAAUUAAAGAGACAAGAGCCUGACAGUGUUGUCGGCUCCUCUUCAAGCAAGAAGAACUCCAUUAGUGAUCCACCGGUGCCUGUGUGGGUUACUCACACACCCACACCAGAUAAUAUCACAGAGAAUGGUGACACUAACUCCACAGGCCGCACAUCCAGCACUGCAUCGUAUGAAGAGAAGGAGGACAAAAAAGGGAGCGUGAAGGAAAGGCUGAAAUCCCUCAUCCCUCAGGCAUGGGGGGGCAUCAUCCAUAAAUGGACAAAGGAAAGUGACAGCUUUAAUGACUCUGAAGCCAGCACCAGCAGGAUCCAGAUCCUUCCUAACGGGACCAGAGUGAGCCCUCCUGUGAGUCCCCUGCUGGAGCGCAGGAACUGGGAUCAAUCACUUGCCAGCUCCAGCCAGAACUCCCAGAAGCCUUUGUUAAGGGAAAGCCCUUCUGAUGAUCUGUUCGAUCAGGGCCCACGAGAGGAAUCUCUCCUCACCAGUAUCCACCCUGCAGAGUACUACGCUGAGAAGCUGGAGGUCUACAACCAGAAAUACUCUUAUUUGAAAUCCUGGCCAGGGUUGCUCAGACUUCUUGCCGGACUUCAGCUCCUUUUUGGAGGCAUGGUCCUUGCUUGUGUCAUCGCGUAUGUCCAGAAAGACAGUGAGUGGUCCAACAGCUACGGACUCUAUAACGGUGCAUAUAACAAUGGGCUAGGCGUGUCUGGGUACAGCUACAGAGGCCCCAUGACUGCAUUUAUACUGGCAGUAGCUGGAAUCUCCUGGAUUAUAACCCUUAUUAUUUUAGUGAUGGGAAUGUCGAUGUAUUAUCGCACCAUCCUCCUUGACGCCCCAUGGUGGCCUCUGACGGAGGGCUUCAUCAACGUGGCGCUGUUCCUACUCUACAUGGCAGCGGGGAUUGUCUACCUGAACGACUUGAACCGCGGGGGGCUGUGCUACAUGACAAUAGGCGUUAACCCCAUUAUGGCCAAUCUGUGUCGUGUUGAUGGGGGCCAGAUGGCGGGAACAGCUUUUAUCUUCAUCAACAUGGCAAUGUAUUUGGGAAGCUUCCUGGUGUGUCUGAAGAUGUGGAGACAUGAGGCUGCACGUAGGGAGAGGGAGUACUUUGAGAACAAGGUACAGGAGGAGUUUCACCAGUCCAUCCCACUAACCCCUCAAAAAAACAAGCACAUUUCAUUCAAGGACGAAAUGGAUAAGUCUCUAAGUAAAGAAUAUAUCAAUCAAAAAGCGGUCCAAAAUAACCCAGUCAGUGUGAACAGAGCCACAGCAUCUGAAUACACCCCCAAAGUCCACAUCGUAGCAGACUACAUCAUAAAGUAUCCAGAGAUCAGCUUUGUGGAAGAAAGGGAAAAGUACAAGGCAGUUUUCAAUGACCAGUAUCAGGAAUACAAGGACCUUCACAAAGACAUCAGCACCACCCUCGAUAAGUUCAGAGAGCUGGAUGCCAUGAUGGCACGACUCCUCAGAGAUGGAAAAAGCCAAGAGGAUCGGCAGAGGAUUCAAAGCAUUUUGAAGAAGUAUCGACAGAAAAAGAGUGACCCUGGCUUCCUGGAGAAAAAGGAACGCUGUGACUAUUUGAAAGCUAAAUUGAGCCACAUCAAAAACAGAAUCCGCACUUUUGAACAGGAAGCCAUGGAAAAUGAUCGGACAUGAAGAGGAACAGAGAGAAAUAUCUGCAGCACCCGAUGAGCAGACAAAACAACCAACAAACCUUUUUGUCAUUGAUUCUUUUGUGUUUUGUUGCGUCACUGAAGAUAUUGUAUUUUUAAUAAAGAGAAUAUUGGUCACUUUUUGUAUAGGCAUUAACAUGAGCUUUGAGUUGACAUGAAACCUGGUUUAUAACACCUGAGCUACAACAUUAUCAGGGCUAUAUACACUCCUUUUGUAUAGCGUUCAUUACAUGUCAUAUUCCUGUCAUUUAUGUCAGUGAUUGCAAUUUGUAUUGAAAAGAAAUAUAACGGUUUUGUUUUUUUUACUUACUUGUAUCGUUUUCUGUUUCUUAUUUGCACUGCCAUUUUGUGUUUUCUUACAACUUAUUUUUUGCUUUGUUUUGCUCCUAUAAAGGUAAUCCAUGAUUUUUAUUGUCCUUCAGCUUUGUAAGUUUUAUAGGCUUCAGAAUAAAAUAUGUUUCCUUGUAACGUCAGGUAAAUAAAACUUAUAGGCUCAGAAUUAAGUGGAAGGCUCAGUAAACAGAUAACUCUUUGUUUUUGACAAUAUUAGCCUGGUACAUUGCUUACAACAAAACAACACAAGAGAAUUUGGGUUAUAUGAAAACCCUUAAGAUGCAUUUUAAUCAUUUCAAUCAUCCUCUGGGUGUAUAUUCUAGAUAAGUAAGCGUCCGACCGGCCAUAUUUAAAACACGUUGACACAAUCCAGGAACUUUUAGGUAACUUGAAAUGUUAUCAAAGUGUUUUUCUCCUCUUGUCUGCUCUGUUGUGUGAACAGGGAUAUUCAGAUGUUUAAGUACAACAGUAUUAAGGACAAUGAUGUUUCCUGCAGACUGCUGAUGUAUUGUGAUCUGGACACAGGUGGAGGACAGUCAACCACAGUUAUACUGUGUAAUCUCUCUCAUCAGUAUUGUAGUUGGUGGUUUACUGGUUUAACCUACUGUAGCUACAUGUUGGACUGUAUAUAUACCUGCUAAACCUGCUUUCUGUAUUGACGCUACAAAAUGUAUGGAACUGCCUUCAAGACUGUAACUAACAAUUAAUU